CUAGUCUAUGCUAUUUUCUAGGGGUAACAUGAAACACGUCACAAACACAAUUGAAAAUAGCUAGGUAUUGUGUUGUUAUAUUUGAAUGGUCAAUAAUAAUCUGUAUUAAACACACCAGCCCAUUUAAAUUCACACCUUCACAUAUUCAACCACUUAAUUACUAGUUUUGUAGAACCUAUACUUUAUCCUAUUUUCCAAUUUAGUUUCUUUUUUUUUUUCAAAAUCUCUCAUAAAAGCAAAAUUAUCAGUCAAAAACCGGGAAGAAUUAGCUUAUUGACAGAUUGUUGAGGGACUAUUUUGUACUUCAAUCUUUCUUCAUGCAUGGCUAUAUAACUACCUCCUCACCAGUUGUUUCUCCUCACCAAAUCAUUCUCAUUCUACCUUCUUUCCAGUCUAUAAUUUUCUUGCACAUUACAAAUGUUGCAUGUUGGUCUAUGCAUUGCGGCUUUGUUUGUAGUAAGCAUUACCCAUUGGGUUUACAGAUGGAGGAACCCUAAAUGUAAUGGAAAGCUUCCUCCUGGUUCAAUGGGUUUGCCGCUACUCGGCGAAACUCUAGAUUUCUUCACUCCCAAUCAAACCAACGAUACUCCUUUCAUCAAGAACAGAAUAAAAAGAUACGGGCCUAUAUUUCGAACUAGUUUGGUUGGGUUGCAAGUUAUAGUAUCAACUGAUUCGGAACUUAGUUAUAUGGUUUUCCAACAAGAAGGUCAAUCCUUCGAAAGUUGGUACCCACCAAGCUUCAGAAGGAUAUUUGGGAACCAAAAUAUAUCUUCUUUGCAUGGGAGCUUGCACAAGUAUCUCAAGAACAUGGUGCUAUCUGUAGUCGGUCCCGAAAGCCUUAAAAAGAUGUUUUCUGAAGUUGAAAGUGUAGCAACAAGAAAUUUAGAGGUGUGGGCUAGCCAAGAAACAGUGGAGUUGAAAACCUCAAUUGGAAAUAUGGUCUUUGAAUUCAUGGGGAAAAAACUGAUAAGUUAUGAUCCAGAAAAGUCAUCUGAGAAUUUAAGGGAUAAUUUUGAAGCUUUUAUUCGAGGAUUAAUUUCGUUCCCUUUGGAGAUACCUGGAACUGCUUAUUACAAGUGUCUACAGGGAAGAAAGAAGAUGAUUAUGAAGCUAAAGAACAUGCUAGAAGAAAGACGGGCUAAGCCAAAUAAAGUAAAAAACGAUUUCUUUGAUUAUGUUCUUGAAGAACUCAAGCAAAAUGAUACAAUGCUUACAGAAGCAACUGCUUUAGAUUUGAUGUUUGCGCUAUUGUUUGCCAACUUUGAAACCACUUCCCAAGCGAUAACAGUUGCAAUCAAGUUUCUAACACAUAACCCUCGCGCAUUGAAGGAAUUAACGGAAGAACACCAGAAAAUCCUAAGAAAGCGUGAAAACCCGAAGGCUGGACUUACAUGGGAAGAAUAUAAGUCGAUGAGAUUUACCUUUCAGGUUAUCAAUGAAACACUAAGGCUGGCGAGCAUAGUUCCAGUACUGUUCAGAAAAGCAAAAAAAGAUAUCAAGUUUAAAGAGUAUACUAUCCCAUCUGGCUGGGCGGUAAUGGUGUGUCCCCCUGCUGUCCAUUUGGAUCCUGUCAACUAUAAGGAUCCACUCGACUUCAAUCCAUGGCGAUGGGAGGAUAUGGAUUUGAAAAGUGCAUCCAAGACUUUUAUGGCUUUUGGAGGUGGCCAGAGGUUUUGUGUUGGAGCGGAUUUUGCUAAACUUCAAAUUGCUAUCUUUCUUCAUUGCCUAGUGACCAAAUAUCAGUGGCAACCAAUUAAAGGAGGAGAUAUCGUACGAACUCCAGGCUUACAAUUUCCUAAUGGAUUUCAUGUUCGGAUCUUUGAGAAAGAGACCUAAUUAGAUCCAACAUCUGGAUCAUCUAUGUUUAUGUUUAACUAUAAGGUGUUACUUAAAUAAUAAAGAGAUAAGGAUUGUUUCAA